AUGUCGUCUUUGUCUGAAUGGAAACAGCAGCUUUCGGAGAGGAAGAGGCGGGAGGAGGAGGUCCGGGAGCAGAGGGAGAAAACCAUGCAGGCACUCGCUGCCUCUGAAGCUCAAAGUGUUUACUACUCUGUCCUCGGGCGCUGGACUGGGCCUACUGUGUCCCGGACUUUGGUGCUUGGAACCCUGUUUGUGACCCGGCAGAGGAGAUCCCACAGACGAGAUGACGACUGGAGACUGGAUACACAUUGUUUAAGAUUAUUUGAUCAUUUCCCUGUGGUCGUGUUGUGA